ACAUUGGCUUCCUACAUGUCUCCCGUAAAGCCACAAACAAGCAGCCGCCUUCAUUGAUUUUCAUUCUAGGGGAAUUCAAAAGAUUUUAUUUAAUUUGGUUGGAAACUGGGCAUUUUACUACAGUCUCACAUUGAAAAAUUUGCUCUUUAAUAUGGACCCAGCACCUUAUGAUUUUUCCACAGGGCAUGACUUUUUGGAUUCGAUAAUGCGAUGUGGUCUCUACCUUGGAGCAGUUUUUCAAAUAAUUUGCCUAGCUGCUGUUGUCAUGGCCCCUGAUCGUGCUGGGGAUCCAUCUGUGCAAGGAAAAGAGCUAGAUGGCAGCGAUGAUGAAGUAUCAGACCACAGUACACCACAAGCUACACCACGUCGCCCGCCACAUGCCCAUCACCGUCAAAGAAGACAAGAAAAGAAAAAGAGGCGAUAGCCCAAUGGACUAUUGUCUUAUCUAUUACUUGUUUACAAUUUCAUACUUCUUAACAGUAAUUUUGAAAAUUACUUCAGUUUUGAUUCAAUACGUUUUAUAAAAGUUCAAUUAUUCAUGGUGAAUUUGGCAUUUAAGGCGAGUGAAAUCAAUGACCCUAUUUUUCAACUGGGUCAAAAUGGAAAAAUUUCAUUUUACCAGCACAUGCCUGUGUGUUUUAGCCCAUUCUGUGUGAAUUUUCAUAUUGCAUUUGUCCAUUAUUAACUGAAGAUACUCAAAAUUUGGGUACCGAUUUGCCAUUAUUGUCUUUGAGUUGCAGAGUUUCUAUCAUUUUUCCUAGGUGCCCCAUCCUAUGAGAUGAGUUUGAUUUUGUACUCAUCAGAAGACAUUUUCUGAAGGCAUCUUGUGUGCUGAAAUUUACUUACGUUCUACAAGACUAAGUUAGAAACAUGUCUCCAACAUGACUACUUGUUUCUGUCUUAUUUUUCCUUUUAUUUAUUAGAUCAUGAAUGUCAUUCUAUUGUGAUGUGUCCUCAUCCUCAUAUUAGAAAAAUUUUGGUGAGAAGUAGAGAAAUUUUAUUUGAAUCCAAAAAAUAAAUCUGUCAAAAUUUGAUGUUAGGUGGCCAAAAGUUAUUUGUUAUGAUAUCAAUUAAUAAGACAAAACUGAUAACAUCAUCAUUGUUUGUACAAUAAAACAAUAGUUAGAAUCCUCCGAUGGACUGUGUAUUCAAAACUAGGAAAGAGGAGUAAAGAAGAACAAAGUUGGUAAUAA